CAAAUGGGGGAGGAAAAGAACAAAAAAGCCGCACGGAAAGUUAUGACUUUUGAUUUACUUGUAAAACGUGUUAAGAAAUGACAGCGUCUUCUGUUAGUAGGUGUGUCGUUGGCGUUAAUUUGAGAAGAAGCAGCUAAUGAAAUUCUUGCGGAAGGAAAAUAAAAAAUCUUAACCAUUCUAUAAGUUCUUUCAGACUCGAUACUUUGGGAUGGAAUCAUAAUAGGCGAAGUAACAAUGAAAUUUUCUUGG